AUGACUGCUGACCUUUGGGGAGGGGGGAGCGGGUACCUGAAUUUGACAGGUACCCGCUCCCACUUCCGGUCCGAUUGCCUAGACGAUCGGAAGCGGAAGGUGUCCUCCCUCCCUCCCUGUAAUCUUUUGGGACACGUGACAGGUCCCAGAAGACUACAGGACCAUUCAUGAAGCUCAGCGCUACUCAUGCAUGCACAGUGGGUACCUGGCAUCUUCAGCUUGCACCUUCACAGCCGUUUGCCCACAUUGAAGAUGCCAGCCUCCUGGAAUACAAGACGGCCGGUGAAACGGGCUGCGGGGGACACACCAUGGGACCGAGGGACAGGUAACUGGCUGUUUU